GCACCCCGCGCCGGGCACGGCGCGCUGGGGCAGCUGUCAAAUGACAACGCUUUAGGUCAUGACACAGACCCGUCGCUGAGGGGAAACCCGAGAGUUUGGGGGCUGGCUCGUGGGCGGGUUUUUCUUUGAAGAGCCCGCCCGCCGCCGCCGGGGAUGGCAGCGUAGGAUCCCGCAGGAUGGGGGCCCCGCGCAGGGAACGGCCCCGCUGGCUGGGGACCCUCCUGGCCGCCUGCCUGGCCACCCUGCCGGGCAUCAGCGCCUGUCCCCGGCCCUGCGCCUGCCACGGCUCCGCCGAGCUCCACUGCACCUUCCGCUACUUCACCGCCGUCCCGCCGCGCAUCCCGCCGGGCGCGCAGCGCAUCAACCUGGGCUACAACAGCCUGCGAAAGCUCAGCCCCACGGACUUUGCUGGCCUGGAGAAACUGGAGCUGCUGAUGCUGCACAGCAACGAGAUCAGCACGAUCCCUGAGAAGGUGUUCAGUGAUUUACGUUCACUGCAGGUCUUAAAAAUGAGUUACAACAAGGUCAGAGUGCUUCAGCAGGAUGUAUUUUAUGGCCUGAACAGCUUGGUACGGCUGCAUAUGGACCACAAUCAAAUUGAAUUUGUGAAUCCCAAUGUUUUUUACGGACUCACUUCCUUGAGGUUGGUCCACCUGGAUGGAAAUUUACUGCAGCAGCUGCAUCCAGACACUUUUGUCACCUUGCGCUAUAGUGAAAUAUUCAGAAUAUCCUUCCUGAAGCACAUCUCUCUGUCUGACAACGCGCUGACUUCCCUUCCACAAGAGAUGUUUUCCUACAUGUCAGAGCUCGAGAGCAUUUACCUCCAUGGAAACCCCUGGUCCUGCGACUGCAGCCUGCAGGGGUUUGCAGGGUGGGCACGGGAGAGACCAGAUGUUAUAAAGUGUAGAAAAGAGAGAAGUUCUGGCGUCCAGCAAUGCCCAAUCUGUGCUAGUCCCAAAAGUCAUAAUGGGAAAAGUUUAGUGGAUAUUCCUUCAGCAUCUUUCACCUGCACUAAGCCAGUCAUCCAUGACUCCCUGAAAUCCAGAAACCUCACGGUGCCCGACGAUGGGGAUUUCAGUUUCGUGUCUCCCGAGGACUUGAUAGCUCCAAUAGGAUCUGUGGUUUUGAAUAUGACUGACCAAGCAGGAAAUCGAGGCAACUUGGUUUGCAGUGUCCAGAGACCUAAAGAAACGUCUCCCAUCUCACUUGACAAAAAUGGCCCCAGCAGAGUGCUCCAAGCCUCCUUCUCAGCGUUGCUGGUGUGUGGCAUCGAUCAUGGGCACAUCCAGCAGCUGUGGGGCAUCCUGGCGCUGUACAGCAGCUCUCCUUUGAAACUGCAGCAAACCGUGCAGACAGCUGAGGAGCCUUUCGUUGGCUACAAAUACAAGCAGAUCUACAGUGAGCAAGACGAGCUCUUCACCAGCAUCGAGGCUGAGCUGCGAGCUGAGCCAGCCUGGCUGAUGCAGAGCGCGGUGGCCCUGCAGCUGGACAGGACAGCCACCACGCUCAGCGCGCUGCACGUGCGCUACGCCACCGAGGCACGCCUCGCUUUGCCCAGCGAGGACCAAGACCAGGGGAGACACGAGUGGGCCAUCGUUUCCAGGGACAACGGCACCCAAACGGAGCACACCGUGCUGGUCGGGGGCAGCGUGGAGCUGGGGUGCCGGGCAGCUGGGCAGCCAGCUCCUGCCGUGGAGUGGCUGUUGGCCGACGGCAGCAAAGUGCGAGCUCCUCACGUCAGCGAGGACGGGAGGAUCAUAGUCCUGGAAAGCGGGGUGCUGACGCUGCGGACAGCUGACGUGUUUGACUCGGGGCUCUAUCACUGCAUCAGCACCAACCGCAAGGACGCCGGGGCGCUGACGUUCCGCAUCACGGUGCUGGAUGCUCAGGUGGAGCACGGCGGUGUCAACGGAGCGCGGCUGUCGGCCGCCCUCGGCAGCACGCUCCACCUCCCCUGCACAUCCGAGGCUGCCCCGGACGCUGCCGUCACCUGGGUGCUGCCCGAGCACACAAUUCUCCGUCAGUCUGCUGGAAACAAACAUAUUUUUGCCAAUGGCACCUUGAGGGUACAAGGGGUGACGCAGCGAGACGUGGGCUACUUCCGAUGCGUGGCAGCCAACCGGUACGGCGCUGAUCUUUUGGUUUUCCAAGUGCUGCUGAGACAGGAUGAAGCUGCUCUGAAGAAAAAGCACGGAGCUCUGGGAGAGUGGGAAGAAGGCUCUGGCAACGAGCUGCUGCGCUCUGCUGCAGCACAGAGCCAUCCCUCAGGCACUGCAGCCACCCUGAGAGCUGGCGGGGAAUCUGCUGCGCCAGGCAGCGCGCGGCGGAGGAACAGCCACGGGAAAACGCCUCACCACGCAGACAGAACAGGCAGGCGCUUCAGGGGACACAGGAGACAGUUUGUUUCCUCAGGAAGGAGAGCUGAUCCACAGCGCUGGGCGGCCUUGCUGGAGAAAACAAAGAGGAACUCGACAGUGACAGGCAAACGAGGAGAAGAUGCAACAGAGCCACCCAUUCAAGUCCAUAAGCUCUCAGAGGUACCUGAGGAUGAGGAGGAGACAUCUGGUGAUCUCGUGUCUCCAGAAGAAGAAUUCAUGAUACCGGCAGCAGAGAGAUCUCCAGUGUCUGCUCUGGGAAGAGCAACAGAACUCACAAUCACUGCAGGGCCCCAGGAGACACAAAUUCAGGUGAUCCAAGACAUUCCAACCCAUCCACCCCAGCUCCAGCAGCACUAUGGGAGACGAAGGAAAAUUUCUGGUUGGAGACGAAUUGUUAGACCAGGAUACAUCCCAGGUGUGAAAGAGCACCGAUACAACUUUGGGAGGCCAGGGUCUGCCAGAGGAAGUACAGCUGUGGCUACAGAUGUUCACCUGAAUAUGAACUAUGUACCAAAUGUACCAACCUUAAAUAACUUGAGCAGUUCCAUCAAUCCAUUAAGUCCAGAAACACCCCAGUCUUCCCGCUCCACCAUGGAAAUGCCAUUGGAGCACCCCGUGGGUACCUAUCAAAACACAGCGUUCCUCAGGGAAGAGGAAAAGAAACACAGGGCAAGGCAAAAAGCUGCUACCACAGUCAUGUCUGUCACUGCAGAGGACACUGCCACUACUGCAACCGGGGCGUUGGGUGUGAUGGGUUUGAAGCCCACACUUGUUACUACCCCUCAAACCAACACCAGAGUCACCAAAAGUAAAAUACUCAGGGUGGGAGGAAGGAGAGGUCAGAGGAGGAAGAGGCCUCCUAAAACACCUGCCCCACAGCAUGCCCACAGCAGCCACACAGACAGCAGCAAGCCCGGGCACCUGGAGGAGCACCCCGUCAGCAGCACCCCUGCCUGGCAGUGCGACUGCUCAGAGCCCCCCCGUGGCACUCCAAACCACACCAGGCUGGCAGAGGAGCACCCAGCUGGCCGCGUCACCAGCUGCCAGUCCUGCCCAGAGCCCCACCACGGGUCUCCAAACCUCAGCGUGGCUGGACGAGCCCCCUGGUGCCACGAGUGCCCGACCUGCUGCACCCCGACCGCAGCCCCCCCGAGAGCCCCCUGGCCCCCGCGGGGGCACGGCCAGCCCCAGCCCAGGCAGCCCCCCAGGGGCACGGAGCGGGGGAACGCGCUGCGGGCACCGGGGGUCGCAUCUCCGUGGGGAGGGGACAAGGAGAGCCCUGCCACUGCCCGCUCUGAAAGGCGACGAAACCAAGGCACCACGACCCUGCCCAGUCCCAGCACCUUCGGUUCUGCGAGCACAAGCCGUUUCUCAAAGCCCAGGAUAGUCGGAGGGAAUUUGGCUUCUUUCACUCUGCUGGCGAAUUCUGAUGCUUUUAUUCCUUGUGAAGCUACUGGGAACCCCCCUCCAACAAUCCAGUGGACCAAGAUAUCAUCAGGGCGCGGUGCCGCGGGCCGUGGCCGCUGGUCGGUGCUGCCCAACGGGACGCUGGCCAUCGCCCGGGCGGGCCCGCAGGACGGCGGGCGCUACGUGUGCACGGCGGCCAACGCGCACGGCUCGGCUCGGCUGCAGGUGUCGCUGGCCGUGCCGGCGCACCCGCCGCGCAUCGCGGGCGGCCGCGGCCGCCUGCUGACCGCGCACUCCGGGGGCUCCGCGGCGCUGCCCUGCCGGGCCCGGGGCAGCCCCCCGCCCCGCAUCUCCUGGCUGCUGGCCAACGGCACCGAGCUGCGGCACGGCGAGGCGGGCGGCGGCAGGGCGCGCCUGGAGCCCGACGGCACGCUGCUGCUGCGGGAGCUCACCGUGUACGACCGGGGCCUCUACACCUGCCGGGCCAGCAGCCCCGCGGGCACCGACACGCUGCCGCUCAGGCUGCAGGUGGUCGCGGCCCCUCCCAGCAUCCUGGAGGAGAAGAGGCAGAGCGUGGCGGGGGCGGCGGGGCAGAGCCUGAGCCUGCCGUGCACGGCGCGGGGGAAGCCCGAGCCCGCCGUGCGCUGGGUGCUGCCCUCGGGCGCGGCGCUGCGGCCGCUGCAGCUGCUGCACGGCCGGCUGCUGCUGCUGGCCAACGGCACGCUGCUCCUGGGCAGCGCGGCCCCCUCCGACAGCGGCACCUACGAGUGCAUCGCCACCAGCUCCACCGGCUCCGACAGGAGGGUGGUCAGCCUCGCGGUGCAGAGCGCGGAGACGCUCCCGAAAAUUGCCAUGGCCUCUCAGGAGCUGACUCGGCUGAACUUUGGGGAGAGGCUGCUUCUGAACUGUACAGCAAGUGGAGAGCCCAAGCCCAGGAUAAUCUGGAGGCUGCCCUCCAAGGCUGUUGUGGACCAGUGGCACAGAAUGGGAAGUCGGAUCCAUGUCUACCCCAACGGGUCCUUGGCUAUUGAGGCAGUUACAGACAAGGAUGCAGGUGAUUACCUGUGCGUCGCAAGAAACAGAAUUGGGGAUGAUCUGAUUCUGAUGAAAGUCAGCAUCGCAAUGAAACCAGCCAAGAUUGACCACAAACAGCAGUUCAAGAAACUGGUGCCCUACGGGAAGGAUUUCAGAGUGGACUGCAAGGCCUCAGGGUCACCCAGACCAGAAAUAUCCUGGGGCCUGCCAGACGGGACGGUGGUGAACAACGCGAUGCUGGCGGAUGACAGCGGGCGCCGGGCUCGCAGGUACGUCCUCUUCGACAACGGCACUCUGCACCUCAACAAAGCUGGGGUGGCAGAAGGGGGAGACUACACGUGCUACGCCCAAAACACUCUGGGGAGGGACGAGAUGAAGAUCCACGUCACGGUCAUCGUGGCAGCCCCUCAAAUAAAGCACAAUUACAAGACACACGUUAGAGUGACAGCUGGAGACACAGCCCUGCUGGACUGCGAGGCUGCUGGAGAGCCCAGGGCACAGAUCUUCUGGUUGCUGCCCUCCAGUGAGAUGAUCUCCUCGUCCACAGACAGGCACUCCCUGCACGCCAACGGCUCGCUCUCCGUCAGCCAGGCCAGCCUGCUGGAUGCUGGGGAGUACCUGUGUGUGGCUCGGAACCCUGGCGGGGACGACAGCAAACUGUACAAGCUGGAUGUGGCUGCCAAACCCCCCAUCAUAAAUGGUCUAUACAGGAACAAAACGAUCAUGAAGGUGACAGCAGUGAGGCACUCCAAGAAACACAUCGACUGCCGGGCAGAAGGGACACCUCCUCCUCAGAUUAUGUGGAUCAUGCCUGAUAACAUUUUCCUAACAGCCCCAUAUUACGGGAGCAGGAUUGUGGUGCACAAAAACGGGACGCUUGAGAUUCGGAACAUCAGGCCCUCAGACACGGCGGAUUUUAUCUGUGUGGCACGUAACGAUGGGGGAGAGACCGUGCUGGUGGUGCAGCUGGAAGUCACAGAAAUGCUACGGAGACCGAUGUUCAAGAACCCUUUCAAUGAAAAAAUCAUAGCAAAACCUGGGAAAACGAUCACACUGAACUGUUCUGUGGAUGGAAACCCUCCCCCGGCCAUAAGCUGGAUGCUGCCCAAUGGCACGUGGUUUUCCAGCAGCGUCAGGACAUCCCAUUUUUCCACAGGAAGCAACGGCACCCUGACCAUCUACAGUCCCGAGGCACAGCACGCCGGGCGCUACCGCUGUGCUGCCCGCAACCAGGUUGGCUAUAUCGAAAAGCUGAUGCUCCUGGAGGUUGCCCAGAAGCCCAAGAUCCUCACCCGGCCUGCAGGGCUGGUGAAGGGGGUCAGCGGGGAGCCUUUGUCUCUUCACUGCCUGGCCGAGGGCAGCCCCAAGCCCAGGCUGGCGUGGACGCUGCCGGGGGGCCGCGUGCUGGAGCGGCCGCAGCUCGCCGGGAGGCACGCGCUGCUGGAGAACGGCACCUUGCUCAUCCGGGCGGCCGCGGCCCACGACGCGGGGAACUACCUGUGCAGGGCCCACAACGAUGCUGGAGACUCCUCCCUCACCGUUCCUGUCGUGGUCGCAGCCUACGCCCCACGGAUCAUGGGCAGGCCCCCCGCAGCCGUCCGCGCCCUGCCAGGGGCGGCAGUGCAGCUCCUCUGCGUCGCGCUGGGCGUCCCCAAACCAGAAAUUACCUGGGAGUUACCUGACCGCUCCAUACUCUCUACAGCUCGCCAGGGCCGGGGCUCUGGGGGAGAGCUGCUGCACCCCACGGGCACUCUGCUCCUGCAGAACCCCCGACCCUCCAGUUCUGGCAUGUACAAGUGCACAGCGAGGAACCCCCUUGGCACUGACACCGCAGUCACCUACGUCCACGUCAUCUGAGCCAGAAACGCGGCAGGAAUGGUGGGGAGCACAGGCUGCAGCCAGGCUGGGCUCACCCUGCAAUGGCUUUAAUCAAAGGCAGCCACAAGCCCGUGAGUGCCUGGACACAUCACAGC